AUGGACGAAGGUCAUGCACUCUUGAGCUCCGAUAAUAUAGAUUUUGAAUUGGCUGAUAAGACCUCAACUAAUGUUGUAGAUCAAGCAAAACACACAAAUGGUACGUCAAAGUAUCUUGUUGUAAAUGACAAGAACAAAUUCAAAUGGAUAGGCCCUUUUGAAGGUCUCAAAAAUUUGAUGAACGAAUUGACCGGCAAAGAAACAAAAUGGUCGUCUCCCGGCGGCUAUUGUAAGUUGCUUGAGCUGAAUGAAGUUGUUGUAAGAUGGUAUUCAGAUAGUAACUCACUUACAAUUAAUGGAAAGUUUUUUGAUGAGUUUAAGACUCAACUUAUUGAUCUCAACAAACAGCUACAGUUAGAAUCCGAAGACACAAAUGCUGCCUGUGUCUCUGGUAAUAGCGAAAUAUCAAUCAACUUUGAUGAGGAAGUAGCUAGCCUGCGAACAGGCUCACUGGGAGAAAGGUGAGCCUGCACGGAACCAUGCGUUUUAUUCAAUCAUCCCCUUUUCGCAUCUGCUAAACGCGUACCAAUCAGCGUCGACUGCGAUAAAUAAACUGUCAACUGUCAAAUUGACGCAAGGCGUGUACAUUGUGCAACGAAGAAAUACUGAAUAUUAAAAUGUAUACAUAAUAUAUAUAUAUGAACAAUAAUACAAAGCAUUAGCGGGCCGCAAAAUAUAUUACUCGGAAAAAUAUAGAAUUCUUCAAAUAUUAAAUAGAUAUCAAUACACAUACAAAUAUAAAGCCGAAUAAAAUACUACCAUUGGCAUUGAAUGUACAGUAAUACUUGUACUAUGUGCGACUGAAAGAACAAUGUUCUGAAUAUUUGAAGCUAUUACUAAAAUAUUACGGUCAGAUAGAUUGGGGUUUGGAAUAUCGAAUACGUCUAAAAUUUUACUAACUGUGGUCUAAAUAAAUGAUAAAUGAGCAUGUAUUUAUUAAUUUCUUCGAAAUCACGAGUGUGCCAAUAGUGGAAUGGCUAUCGACGACGAAAUUGUCAGCAGUUUAUACAGUAAAUAGUACAACGUUUAAUGUACGAUUAUAUAUUAUAAGACUAUCGAACAAAUAAAACUAGAAAUAGAAACCAAAAGCAAUAGCAAAGCAUCACAGCAAAAAAGUCUAUCAUAAAUGACUUGAAUCUAUCGCUUAAAUCUAAUAUACGAAACUAUAACAGUAUUCUGAACUUCGUCUUCGGAUUGACAUCAGACUAUAGUAUAGUACAUUUUGAGGUCGUUGUGGCUUCACAGAUUAUUCUCAUUAGUGAGCAAGUCAGCAAGCGAAGGCAUACAAAAGAUACCCAAAUAUGUACGAAUAAUUAUAUUGUUGAUCCUCACUGGCAUGUCAUUUAGAUAAAUAUAUAUAUUAAAAUGAAUAAAGUUCAGUUCAAAUUCUUCAAAAUGCUGUUGUUGACAUUCGCUAUUUUUAGUAAUUUUGUCAACGAGUGUAAGCCAAUCAGAAGCCUGCGUUUCUAUACGAACGCCACUACCAAGAAAACCUAUAGUUCCGUGCAGGCCCUCUAUUCUUCGCGCCGCCCGUAACCCAGGGCCUGUUCGCAGGCUAGGAAGUAGCAAGUAACGAAAGCGAGAAUCAAAUUUCCAGUGGUCAGUUAAACGAGUAUGAAUCAUUGCUUAAUACCGUAAGAAGCCUUGAGGCGAAGUUGGAAAGUAGGAUAAAUGAUCUCGCAAGCGAAGUGCACGAGACUAGACUAGAAUUACAAGUCGAGAAAAUUGCGCGAGGGAACCUAGAAGCUGAAUACACAGAACUUACAAGCGAAGCUCUGGAGAUAAGAUCAGAAUUAGAUAUCAGGAACCUCGCAAGAGACGAGAACGAAAUCAUUAAGUCUCGUGACGAAUCAAUAUCUACGGUUUUUAAUAAGGGAUUUCUCGUUAAAGAGAACGCUAGUCUUAAAGAUGAAAAUGCUUUACUUAAACAGCAGAUUAACAACUACAAAUGUAUUACAUCGGACUUGAGAACAAAGGUCAAAGAUUUAGAAAAUGAAAAAGACAGCUUGGUCACCGUCAUUAAAAUUCUACAAAGUGAGCAAGAACAACACAAAACUGAGGCAUUGUCAUCGUGGAAUGUCGUAAACAGACACAAGAAAAGCACUAAAAGCCGAAACGCCUUAGAACAAAAUCCCAGUGGAAAACAUCAACGACACGAUUUGCAAUUACAAAAUCAAUUCAUUGAUCUGAGUGAUUGCGAAAGCGACGGCAACGAAAGCAACACAGAUAUAUCAGCCAAACAUGGAGAGAAGCCAAGGCAAAGCGGAGACAAACCAAACCAACGCCGAAGCGGGCAAAAUAGUCGAAAGAUCGAAAGACGCCAGCAAUCCAAAGGAAACAUACAAGAUCGUCAAUCAAAUUUGGACGAACGGAAAGAUAAAAGCGAACCCAAAGCGACAAAACAAAGGCAACCUAACAUUGUAAUCUUAGGGGAUUCAAUGUUAAAACAUUUAAAUCCCCGACGAAUUCAGCAAGGAAUUGACCAAAAGAUAUCAAUAAAAACCUUUCCUGGAGCUGGUGUUGACGAAAUGACCCACUAUGUUAAACCGACGCUCCAAAAGAAACCAAAGCAUAUUAUCCUGCACAUAGGUACCAAUGACCUGCAAACGAAAUCGCCAGAUGCGUUAAUUAAAGCUGUGACAAAACUUUAG